ACAAACAAUUAUAAUGGCGCAAUAACCGCACGCUUGCAUUCCUUCUUUGCUACUGGUAUUUGCCAGGCAACACAUGGUUUAACUGAGAACUGGGUUGUUGACUUUCUUCAUCUGCAAUGGGUGUGACAUGUGUAUUUCCAAUAACAAUUCCAGAUGGAAAAAGUUCUCACCAGGUUUUUGACUGUAUUCAAAAGAAAUUAGAAUUUGUUUCUGCAGAAAAAGUGGGAAGUUGGAACGUUGACUGUGAAGCAUACCAAUCAACGCAGACUACAGAUGGGAAUGUCAAGCUCAUCUAUUUAAUGCACAGUAGUGAACAACCACAACUCACAUUUUCUAUUUUGGAAAACAAUACUUGCGUGGUUUCAGACAAUGGAUUUCAUUUGAUGAUCAGUAAACUGAAAUUAUUUUAUACACCAAGGAAAGGAGGGAAAAUCGAUGUGAAAGGGACGAAAUAUGCUCUUGGUGAUUUUGAUAUUAAAGUUGGCAACAUAACUCAAGCAUCUAAUUUUAAGGGGAUCCUUAUGGAGGUGGAAUACAAGCCGUGUUCGGUUCCCAAUCAAUGCUGGAGUUUGUUGAACGAAUUCGUUACCACCGUUCUUCAUAUUAACGCCACUUUUCCUACCCAACCACGGUCACUAGUGGAUCAAAAACUGAAUAUGUUUUGUAUAGCUGAUACAAUGCUUCAAUACCUCCCUUUUAUAUCAUCUACGAAGAAGUCCUGAGACAGUGUUUGGAAAUAGAAAUCAUCACAGGAGGAGUAUCGAGGGAAGCUUAAAUAACGUUUGUUAUUGCGCGAGAAUAUUUACGUCAACCGAACUAACAGUUUUGCAUCGUAAAUAUAUUAGGAUAAAUUCACAUGUGGACAUAUUUGUUGUUCCAUUGAACUUGAUGUUUUUGUCAACAUCUUUCAUGUUACUUUUUUGCGAUAUUAUUUGAUCCUAUCAGGCUUUUUUAACCCUUUUUCACUUUAGUUUACAAUAACAUUAGACCGCCCGUGGGCGACAUCUAAUUGUUUGGUUAGAGCGAGAUAUUUGUCCCGAUAUUUUUUUGGAAUUUUUUUCUAUGGUGUUAUAUUUCGCCGCACAACUUCAUUGUCAUGUAAUCAUUGUUUUGACGGGGUCCGUACACUUUCGUGAGAGAGAUAAUUUUCACUUCA